AUGUGUUACUAUGGUGGAUACUAUGGAGGCCUGGGCUAUGGCUAUGGAGGCCUAGGCUGUGGCUAUGGCUGUGGCUAUGGCUGUGGCUAUGGUGGCUAUGGUUAUGGCUGCUGCCGCCCACUGUGCUGUAGAAGAUACUGGUCCUAUGGUUUCUACUGA